AUGGCUUCUUCUUCUUCUCCGGCUCAUGCUCGUGUCACCACUGCUUCUCACCAACCCUUUUCAUGUCCUCUCUUACCCACAAACGUCACCAACCUCCGUCUUCCGGCAGCUUGUUUCACUCUCCGCUUCAAAUCAAAUUUCUUAUCCGCCGCACUCUCUUCCCGGCAAACCAGGAGUGUACCGGUUCCGGUAGUGUUUGAUAAUCGACGGCGACGUCGAAGCAUGGAACCAGGCAAUGUCUAUGUUCGUGAUUCUUUCGUUCUUUGGUUCUAA